AUGUCGACUCAAGACAGCACGCUACGGCAGCGUGGCGGCAAGGACAAGCACAAAGCCAAUGGCAAACUCAAGGAUGACAUCGACAGCCUGCUGAACUCGACCAAAGAGGGCGCAGUCAAUGAAUGGGAUUACAAGCUGGCUUUGGGUAUCAUCAUUGUCCUGGCCUUCCUGACGAGAUUCUUUGGCAUCAGCCAUCCGGACGAGGUCGUCUUCGAUGAAGUCCACUUCGGAAAGUUCGCUUCGUACUACCUCCAACGCACCUACUUCUUCGACGUCCACCCUCCUCUCGGCAAGCUCCUCUUCGCACUCGUCGGUUGGCUUGUUGGCUACGAUGGCGACUUCAAGUUCGAGAACAUCGGCGAUUCCUACAUCAGCAACAAUGUCCCAUAUGUCGCCUACCGUGCCCUGCCAGCGCUGCUGGGCGCCUUGACGGUGCCGACUGUCUUCCUCAUCAUGUGGGAGUCUGGCUACUCGCUGCCCGCCUGUGUUCUAGCAGCGGGUCUAGUUCUCUUCGACAACGCCCACAUUGGACAGACACGUUUGAUCCUCCUGGAUGCGACUCUGGUCUUCUUCAUGGCUACCAGCGUUCUGUGCUACGUUCGAUUCUACAAGCAAAGGCACAAUGCCUUCGGCCGCAAAUGGUGGAAGUGGCUGCUCUUAACUGGCUUCAGCAUGAGCUGUGUCAUCUCUGUCAAGUACGUCGGUACCUUCAUCUUCGUCACUGUUGGUGCUGCUGUCUGCAUUGACCUGUGGGACUUGCUCGACAUCAACCGCAAGGAAGGUGCGUUGGACAUGAUCACGUUUGGCAAGCAUUUUGCUGCCCGUGCGGUCGGUCUCAUCAUCGUGCCCUUCUUCUUCUACCUCUUCUGGUUCCAAGUCCACUUUGCAAUCCUUACGAGGUCCGGGCCUGGCGACGAUUUCAUGACACCGGAAUUUCAGGAGACGCUCAGUGACAACAUAAUGCAUGCAUCGGCCCUCGACAUUCUGUAUUACGAUCAGAUCACUCUACGGCACAAGGACACCAAGACCUAUCUUCAUAGCCACUUGGAGAAGUAUCCUUUGAGGUAUGACGAUGGUCGCAUUUCAAGCCAGGGUCAACAAGUCACGGGCUACCCAUUCAACGACACCAACAACAUUUGGGAGAUCCUGCCCAAUACUCCGAAUCCAGACGGAUCUCAUCGUGGAUCACCCGUUAUGAAUCACGAUGUCGUCAAGCUUCGACAUGUGGUGACUGAUACCAUCCUACUCACGCAUGAUGUUGCAUCGCCCACCUUCCCGACAAACCAGGAAUUCACCACUGUGGCCCUCGAUCUGGCCGCCGACACGCGCCACAACGAUACUCUCUUCGAGAUCCGAAUCGAGCAAGGCAAGGCGAAGACUCCUUUCCGCUCCAAGUCCGGUCAAUUCAAAUUGGUGCACUUCCCAACUAAGGUCGCUAUGUGGACACACACCAAGCCGUUGCCAGAGUGGGCUCACAAGCAGGCAGAAAUCAACGGCAACAAGAACGUUGCACAGCCUUCCAACAUCUGGUACGUGGAUGAAAUCACAAAUAUUCCAGAGGACAACCCGCGAUUGCAGAAGGAGCCUCGUAAGGCCAAGCACAUGCCGUUCCUGAAGAAGUACUUCGAAUUGCAGCGAAGCAUGUUUGCUCACAACAACGCCUUGACUUCGUCGCAUCCGUACGCAUCUCUCCCAUUCCAGUGGCCGUUCCUGCUCCGUGGUGUCAGCUUCUGGACUCAGGAAUCGACCCGUCAGCAGAUCUAUUUCUUGGGUAAUCCUGUCGGGUAUUGGAUCGCCUCCGCCAUUCUGGCUGUCUUUGCUGGCAUCUGGGGCGCUGAUCAGCUGUCCCUGCGACGAGGAGUUGAUUCUCUGGACAAGCGCACCCGUUCGCGCCUCUAUAGCUCGACGGGCUUCUUCUUCCUCUGCUGGGCAGCACACUACUUCCCCUUCUACACCAUGGGCCGGCAACUCUUCCUGCACCAUUACCUCCCCGCACAUCUCGCCUCAUGCCUCGUGACGGGCGCUCUGGUGGAAUUCAUCUUCAACGUCGAGCCCCUCGUCGACCUCGAGCCCACCAAACAACAAAUCACCAACAAAGCCAAGGAGUACGUGCCAUCAGCUGUGCAAGAAAAGGUCGCUACAGCAGCGGAGAAGUCGAGAAGGAAAUUCCAGUCCACGAAAGAGAGGAUGAAGGGGCAGAGUUUGGUAGGGACUUGGAUUGCGACGAUUGUGAUCCUCGCCGCGGUGGUUUGGGGCUUUGUGUUCUUCUUCCCGUUGACCUAUGGGUGGCCUGGGUUGAGUGUGGAUCAGGUGCAGAGGAGGAAGUGGUUGAGUUAUGAUCUGCAUUUUGCGAAGUGA